AACAACAAAUCUCCAAAAAAAAAAAAAGAAUGGCUCCUCGUGUGAUCUUCGUUUUCCUCUCUCUUGUUUUUCUCUACCUUGCAAACACAUCACACUCGUUAGAAAAGAUUCAAUCAUUUCUACACCCUAUUAAUAAAGACGAGGCCACAAAUCUCUACUCCAUCCCUUUAAACAUCGGCUCAGGUUUCAGCAAGGAAUACGUUCUUGACCUCAACGGAGUCUCACCGUUAUUGCAAAACUGUGCCACAGCCGCCAAGUCCUCCUCCUUCCACCCCAUCAGAUGCGGUUCCACGAGAUGCACCUACGCCAACCCGAGCUUCUCCUGUCCCAAAAACACCACCACUAAGGCGAAGACCCCGUGCCGCUCUUCCGACAAUGCCCGGCUCUUCCGAGACACCGUCCCGUUAUUAUACACAUUCAAUGGAGUUUACAUUAUGGACAGUGAAAAGAGCUCCUCGCUGACUUUGACCUGCACUGAUGGUGCUCCUGUCAAAGGAACCAUCGGUCUCGCUAACACCCACUUGUCCAUUCCCUCGCAGCUCAUUUCCAUGUAUCAUCUCGCUCCAAAGAUGGCUCUUUGUUUGCCUAAUUCCAAGGAUAAAUCAACAAUUAAUUAUCCUGGUGGCCUUUGGAUCGGCAAAGGGGAGUAUUACUAUCUGCCUUACUUAAAAGAUGUUUCAAAGAUCUUUGCAUCCACGCCUCUGAUCGGUAAUGCCAAGUCCGGGGAGUACUUAAUAGAUGUGAAGUCUAUCCAAGUAGGUGGAAAAAACGUUCCUAUACUCCAUGGAGCCACAAAGAUUAGCACCUUGGCUCCUUACACCGUAUUGCAAACUUCCAUCUACAAGGCUCUUCUCACAGCCUAUGCCGUAAACGCCAAUAUGGCUAAAGCUCCAGCCGUGAAGCCUUUUGGUGCGUGCUUCAGCUCCAGUGGAGGACGUGGAGCUCCCAUGAUGGACCUGGUGCUGAGAGGAGGGGCUAAGUGGAGGAUACAUGGGGCUAACUCCUUGGUGAAGGUGAAUAAAAACUUGGUUUGUUUAGGGUUCGUGGACGGAGGUGUGAAUCCGAAGAACCCAAUAGUGAUCGGAGGAUUUCAGAUGGAAGAUAAUUUGGUUGAGUUCGAUCUCAAAGCUUCCAUAUUCUCUUUCUCUUCUUCUCUUUUGCUUCACAACACUUCUUGCUCCGUGGAAAGGUUGUCUCCUUUCUAAUGCACGUGAUCCAAAAUCCAUUAUCGAUGUUAUGAACGCUUGUCCUUUUUUCCCUUUCCGUGUCGACAUAAUAAAUUAAGGUCGACAAGAUCUAGCGUUGU